AGAUAACGCCUUGUGCGAAAACAUCAGGACUGUUCCGAACACCUUCCCUCCGGACGUCGUCUCACUAUCCUUCGUGAAGUCCGGCUUCAGUGAAAUCGCCCCAGGAAGCUUCCUCCACACGCCGUCUCUUCAGCUGCUGUGAGAUCUGUUAUCCUGUUAUCCAGUAGACUCGAUCCCAUCCCAAACCUCUGUGUUUAUUCGCCUACUGCUGUUUUAAUACUAGUCUAAUACAGCAGCACGCAGGCUUGGGCGUCGCCAUGGCAACGCAGUGGCUGCGUUCUAUUUUGAAGCAUGUCUGUGUUGUGUAGUGCGUAGGCUACCCUUUGUGUUCCUGUGUGUCUGUUCUUGAUUACUGAGCUGAGCUUGGAUCGCAGUGUUAGGCGUGUAGAUGUCUGUAAACAAACACUGUCUGUUCCCCUUCAGCAGAACCCUGCAGAAAUAUUAAAGAGUCCAUUAAGCUCCGUAUCUAAUUACUUAAAACGCUUAAAUAGGGUUGCCAGAUUGAAGAGUCCAAUUAAAUCAGGAGCUAGGCGAUAGAUAGGCGAGCCAGAUUGCCAUACGGGCAGAAGAUUGUGGACACCUGAGUAUCAUACCCAUUUGAACAUCCCAUUCCUGAUUUAGUCCCCGACACACCUUUGCUGUUAUAAUAACUUCCACUCUUCUGGGGAGGCUUUCCACUAGAUUUUGGAAGGUGGCUGUGAGGGUUUGUGACUGGGGGUCAGGCACUGGUGUUGGGAGAGGUGCAUGCGGUGUUCCAGUUCAUCCCAAAGCUUGUUUACAGCCAACACUUUUGACUCUAUUGAUGAAGAUGCGUUUCAGGGCCUGCCACAUCUGGAGUACCUGUUUAUUGAAAACAACAAAAUCGGGUCCAUGUCACCUUUGGCCUUUAGAGGUUUGAAAUCUCUCCUUCAUCUGAGUCUUGCCUAUAAUAACCUUGAGAUGUUACCCAAAGAUGUUUUCAAGGGGAUGGAUGCCUUAACAAAAGUGGAUCUUCGAGGGAACAUGUUCAUCUGUGACUGUAAACUGAAAUGGCUAGUUGAGUGGAUGCACAACACCAACGCGACAGUGGACCAGAUACACUGUAGCGGGCCGCCGCUUUAUCAAGGGAGGAAGAUCAACGAGCUGAUGCCUCAGGCGUUUGACUGUAUAACUGCAGAGUUUGUUUCCAAGAAGACCCUGAAGUUCGAGUCUAUCUCAGCGGAGACCUUCACUGUUGGGAACGAUCAGUAUGCGGUGUUUGCACAGCCUUUUGCGGGAACAUGUAGCUUCAUGGAAUGGGACCACGUCAACAUGGAGUUCAGACCUUUUGACAGUAUAGAAAGUACCUCCACCGUGGUCUGUAAGCCAAUGGUGAUUGAUGACCAGCUUUUCAUUAUUGUGGCACAACUGUUUGGGGGCUCACACAUUUACAAGCGGGACACAUCAGCCCACAAGUUCAUCAAGAUCCAAGACAUUGAUAUCCUGAAGAUCCGCAAGCCCAACGAUGUCGAAACAUUCCGCUUGGACGGCGAGUGGUUCUUCGCGAUUGCUGACAGCUCCAAAGCAGGCUCCACUACUGUGUACAAGUGGAACGGCAAUGGCUUCUACUCACACCAGUCUCUACAUCCGUGGCACCGUGACACGGAUGUGGAGUAUCUGGAGAUCGGUGGCAAACCUCAUCUGAUCCUGUCCAGCAGCUCGCAACGGCCCGUCGUCUAUCAGUGGAGCCGGAGCCAGAGGUUUGAGCGGCGCACAGACAUCCCUGAGACGGAGGACGUAUAUGCUGUGAAGCACUUCAGAGCCAGGGGUGAGCUUUAUAUCUGCCUGACACGCUUCAUUGGCGACUCGAAGGUGAUGCGGUGGGAUGGUGCCAUGUUCACCGAGGUGCAAAGUGUGCCAUCACGUGGCUCCAUGGUCUUCCAGCCUGUGACAGUCGGAAGCUGGCAGUACGCCAUCCUGGGCAGUGACUACUCACUCACGCAGGUCUACCAGUGGGACUCCAAGAAGGGCCGCUUUGUGCACUUCCAGGAGCUGAAUGUCCAAGCCCCAAGGGCUUUCUCCCUGGUAUCCAUUGACAACCAUGAGCUCCUGCUCGCCUCCAGUUUCAAAGGGAGGACACAGAUCUAUGAGCACCUCAUCAUCGAUCUGAGUAAUUGA